AUGCGCCUCGGCGCGUUUGCCCCACGCUGGUUCCGCGAGCUCGGCCCUUAGGUCUCCGCGGCGUCCGGGGGCGAUCCGGGUGGGUGGUAGCCGCCGCCAUGGGCAGGCCCGCGGACUCUCGGGGUUCGAGAACCCGACCUGACCCGGUGCAGAGCUUCAAUCGCUGGAGGAAGAAACACAGCCACAGGCAGAUAAAUGUAAAUGAAAUUACAAGAUUUUCAGAUUUCCCCUUGUCUAAGAAAACAUUGAAAGGUUUGCAAGAAGCUCAGUACCGUAUGGUAACUGAAAUACAGAGGCAGACUGUCGGGUUGGCUUUGCAAGGUAAAGAUGUACUUGGAGCUGCCAAAACAGGCUCCGGCAAGACUUUGGCCUUCCUUGUUCCAGUGCUGGAAGCCUUGUAUCGUCUGCAGUGGACCUCAACAGAUGGACUGGGGGUUCUGAUAAUAUCUCCUACAAGAGAACUGGCCUAUCAGACCUUUGAGGUUCUCCGAAAAGUCGGAAAGAAUCAUGACUUUUCAGCUGGUCUCAUCAUUGGUGGAAAGGAUCUGAAACACGAAGCUGAGAGGAUCAACAACAUAAAUAUACUCGUGUGCACGCCAGGUCGUCUUCUUCAACACAUGGAUGAAACAGUAUCUUUUCAUGCUACCAAUCUCCAAAUGUUAGUUCUUGAUGAAGCAGAUAGAAUCUUGGAUAUGGGCUUUGCUGAUACCAUGAAUGCUAUUAUUGAGAAUCUUCCCAAGAAACGUCAGACUUUGCUUUUCUCGGCAACACAAACCAAAUCUGUGAAGGACCUUGCACGCUUGAGUUUGAAAAACCCUGAGUAUGUCUGGGUUCAUGAAAAAGCAAAAUAUAGCACCCCUGCCACUUUGGAACAGAACUACAUAGUUUGUGAGCUGCCGCAAAAAAUAAGUGUGUUGUUUUCUUUUCUGAGAAGCCAUCUGAAGAAGAAGAGUAUUGUAUUUUUCUCCUGUUGCAAAGAGGUUCAGUAUCUGUAUCGAGUGUUCUGCCGUCUCCGUCCCGGUAUUUCUAUCCUUGCCUUACAUGGUCGCCAGCAACAGAUGAGAAGAAUGGAAGUCUAUAAUGAGUUUGUCCGUAAGAGAGCUGCAGUCCUCUUUGCUACUGAUAUUGCAGCCAGGGGGCUGGAUUUCCCGGCUGUGAAUUGGGUUCUUCAGUUUGAUUGUCCAGAGGAUGCCAACACAUAUAUUCACAGAGCAGGCAGAACUGCCAGGUACAAAGAGGAUGGUGAAGCUUUAUUAAUUUUACUUCCCUCAGAAGAAAAAGCUAUGGUGCAGCAGCUUCUUCAGAAGAAAGUACCUGUGCAGGAAAUCAAAAUCAAUCCAGAAAAACUUAUAGAUGUCCAGAAAAAAUUGGAAGCCUUUUUAGCCCAAGAUCAAGAUUUAAAAGAAAGAGCUCAAAGGUGUUUUGUCUCCUAUGUACGUUCAGUAUAUCUGAUGAAGGAUAAGGAAGUGUUUGAUGUGAGCCAGUUACCUGUUCCUCAAUAUGCCCGGUCUCUUGGUCUUGCUGUGGCACCGCGGGUAAGAUUUCUUCAGAAAAUGCAGAAGCAGCCCACUGAAGAGUUGGUAAUGAGCCAAGUCAAUGAAAUAAUUGAGCCAAGGGCUCCCUCCCUCACCAAUGAUGAAGUGGAAGAAUUUAGAGCCUACUUCAGUGAGAAAAUGUCCAUCCUUCAGAAAGGUGGGAAAAGGCUAGAAGGGACAAAGUGCAGACUGGCUAGCGGUGUUAAUGAUGAAGAACAGGAAGAAGAGGGGGAAGAGGAAGAAGGAGAAGAAGAAGAAGAAGAAAUGGAAGACAAACUGGAAAAAGCAAAAGGACCUCAAGCUCAGCCUGUUCUUAACACUAGUGAGGUGCAGAAGAUCAAGGAAGUUCCCAUGCAGUUCUUGGACAGAGAUGAAGAGGACGAAGAUGCUGAUUUUCUUACGGUGAAGCGGCGCAAUGUGUUUGGGUUGGACCUUAAAGAGAGUAAAGUGUUACAGAAGAAAGAAUCUUCUAAAUCCAGUGUCAAGAAAAAAGUGACCAAAGUUGCAGAAGCAAAAAAAGUCAUGAAGAGAAAUUUUAAAGUGAAUAAGAAAAUAAUGUUUACUGAUGAAGGAGAGUUGGUUCAGCAGUGGCCACAAAUGCAGAAAUCCACCAUGAAGGAUACUGAGGAGGAAGGUGACACUGGUGGUAUCAACAUAGAUAAAGCAAAGGAAAGACUUCAGGAAGAGGACAAAUUUGACAAAGAAGAAUAUAGAAAGAAAAUUAAGGCAAAGCAUCGGGAGAAAAGACUGAAAGAAAGAGAAGCCAGAAGAGAAGCCAACAAGAGACAAGCACAGGCCAAAGAUGAAGAGGAGGCCUUCCUGGAUUGGAGUGAAGAUGAUGAUGAUGGAUUUGAUCCAAGCACACUGCCAGAUCCAGAUAAGUACAGAAACUCUGAAGAAUCAGAAAGUAAAGAUAUGGGAAAGAAAAUCAGGGAUACCAAGAAGAAGCGAGGAAUGAGGAAGAGGGACGACAGCGACGUGGAAGACGUGGGGCCAGCGAGUCGCAGCAGCAAGAGGGCCAAGAGGGACGCCUCGGAGCCUCUGGAUACGGGCCUGUCCCUGGCUGAGGACGAGGAGCUGGUGUUGCAUCUGCUCAGGAGUCAAAGCUAGCUGCUCCCCGUACCUGCUUGCUCCUCAGAGCCUGUGGUCCUGAUCACGUGGGCAAGAAGCUGGACAGGCCACCCGGGUAACCUUGUCCCGCUCCCAAGGAUGCAUUCUCCAGGCAGAGGCAAGCGGUCCUUUCUCUCAACCCCUCCGGGCACAUGCUCUGGGCUGUCACGCAGCCCUUGCAGAGCGGCAGUGCCCUGGACAGUUUCCCGUCCCGCUUUCCAGUGUGUGCUCGGUGGGACGUGAUCCGCGGGCUCCUGCUCCUUGUUGUUGGAGAUGCUUCCUCUGUUUUACUGGCAAGUUCUGGAACUCUUGUGUCAUUGUUAGAAAUUCACGUCUUGCUUAGGAUACAGAAGUUCUGUGCUGCUGUUAGAUAAAAUUGUUCAUAAUUUUGAUGUAUUUAAUCUUUGCAAAAAGAUUGACUAUGAUGGACCAGCUCUGGGAAAGAACGAGUAUUUUUGAAUUGAGAUGAUCAAUAAUAAACAUAUUUCCCAUAAAA